GUUUUCAGUUGAGUGCGGUUGUUCAUUAAGAGAAGUUUUGAUAUAAAACGAUAAAGCGUGCGAAGUGAUAAAAUAAAAUAUAUAUAAUAAGAAAAAUUAAAUAAAUAUUUGAAUUAAGAAUUCAAAAGAUAUUUUAAAGAAAAUUUUAUAUAUUAACAUAUAAUACUAAAACAAAAUAAAGUUUUAAAAGAAUUUAAAUGUUUUCUAAAAAGCAAUUUGGCAGCUAACUUGAUGAAAAAAGAAGUAUUUCAAAGUUUAGUGGUUUUGUGGAAGAAGUUGUACAGCCAGUUUUUUUUUACAAUUUGGAUACACAGAGCAGUGGAGAAGAGCUAACUAAAUGAUAGUUCUAGUAAUAAAAUGCUUAAGAAUUUUAAGAAAAUAAUAUGAAAUAAAAACCAAUACAAGUGGAAAAGAAAAAUCUAAUUUAUUAAAAAAAGUAAAAUUUAAAAAAAAUUUAAAUUUAAACAAAAAGUGGCCAUAUUAUAGAAAUUAUAAAAAAACAAAACUUGUAAAGCAAAAAUUUAAAAAAAAUACAAUUUUCUAUUUUAAAACAAGUAAAGUUUACAAUAGUUAUUAACAAAAAAAAUCCAAACCAAAAUCACUGUUGCCAUAUAUAUCUAAAUAAAGUGUUGAAGUUAUUAUUUGUUUUAAAGAAAAAAAUCCCCCAAAAAAAUAUGUGGCAUUGUAAAAAUAAAUAUAAUUUUUUCUAAAAAACAAACUACUGAAAAUCAAUAAAAGAAAAUGUUGCAGUCUUUGGAUACUACUUCCUUAAAUCGUUCCAAUACCUCUUUGUCUUCUGUAACACCCUCUACGCCCACUACUAUUAGCUCCAAUACAACAACAUCUUCAGAGGAAAAACAGCAACGUCGUAGAUCUACCUUUUAUGUGCCCUUGGUUAUAGAAGACGACGAAGAAAUCGAAACCUCUGGCAAGCAUAACGACGAAGUUGAUAAAAACUCCUCCAGUGGCAGUUUGUCCAGUUUAGCUGGUCAUUCUACUAGUAGCAAGGAUUUGAAAAACUCUAGCAAUAUAAAUCUAAAGAAAUCCUCUUCAACCAUUUUCAAAACCAGUGGUAAUAAACAGAUAUCGGGUUCGCCUAGAAGUGCCACCACUUCGGUUAAGGUUACUACUCUGCUGUUUGAAAGAGCCAAUAGUACUUUGGGUUUUAGCACCACUUCUUCCAACUCCUCUACCGCUUCUUCGGGCUAUAGAAGUGGUAGUUCUAAGAGUUCUAAGAAAAUGGCUCCACCCUGUGGUUUCAAUUGGAGUUUGAGUGGGGUAACAGAUGAUAUGUCGGCCGAUUUGGAUGAUGAUAGUGAUGCAGCAGAGUUUAUUAUAGCCAUGCAUAAAAAUAAGACUCCCAAGUCCACUAUAAGCACUACCCCGGUUAAGGAAACUUCUUCCUCUAACACGACUCUUAACAGUAACAAGAGAUCUAGCAAAACGUCUUUAAGUUCGGCCAAGACCUCAACCACCAAUAGAUUAAGUUCAACAAGUAAUAAAUCCCUACUGCAGACCAACAACAGCAACAAUCAUUCCACUCCCAUAGCCAAACAAAGAGCUCAAUCGCAAUCUACAGCCAGAACUAAACGCUAUGGUAUAGUUUUAAAUGGCCUCGAUGACUCAAACUCUCCCCGAAGCUCUUUGGGAUCCACAAUAUCCGAACAAUUAAACACAACCGAAGCACGCAAAUCCUCUAGCUCAUAUAAAAGUUCCUCCUCGAACACACAAAACAAAUGGCCUUCCCCAGCGCCAAGAACACAAUUUAAUGACGAAAAUGAUAUAGUGGUAACCCCCAAUACAACAACGUCAUCAAUUCAUACACAACGUAAUAGUAAAACCAAUACAAAACAAACCCCCAUUAAAAUGAGAGACAACAGUACAGCGACUCUUAAGUCAACAACAACAGCGACACCAACAACACCAAUACAAAAUUGCAAUACGGAAUACGAUGAUGAUGAUGAUGACGAUGAUUCAGAGAUAAGUCGCAUGCAGACCAAUACAUCGACACCCAUUAAAAUGAUGAAAUCACGCUCGCGUACCAAUAUCUUAUCAGUACCCACAAACACCAACAACUCUGCCUCACCCUCCUCCUCUUCGUCUUCUCAAACGUCUACGUUAGCUAAGGCGUCUAAACAUCUACAAAGCUCUGAGCAAAAUCUAAUCAAUGUCGCCAAAAUAAAAGCUUCCACUUCAAAUACUCAUACUAAACAAACCACUAACACUAUGGCAUCUACCACUACACCCACUAAGACGAUGUCUAACAAUAUGGUUACAUCUACUCCCUGUGUUUUGCGUAUUAAAGCGAAAACAUUACCGCAAAAUUUAUCACCCUCAGUUGCUUUAAAACAAGGUGAAGCAUUAGAUCACGCCGCUUCAACCUCUACCACAACGGGUACGUCUAAUAGUAUAAAAUCGAAAAAAUCUCCUCUAGAAACGUCGGCCUCUUUAAAUCGUAAAUUUGGUGGCAGUCAAGCGUGUCAUUUGAAUCGUGAUAGCACAAAAAAUGCCAAAACUAAUACAAUUAUAACCACAGCAUUUCCACCCAAGAAUCUGUUUCUCUUGAAAUCUACUCCAAAAUUAACAAAUUCCAUGUCCUCUAAUUCCGAUAAUUCACUAACCUCACCACCGGCUGCCAAUAAUACCAAAAACUAUCCACCACAUCCUCAUCAAAUAACCUCACCUGCCAAAAAAUCUCUUUCCUUUAUACGUCGUGCCCAUUCGACUAAGUUAUCGCGCAGUAACUCGCUUUUAAAAUCCAUUGCCUCUCAACAUCAGCAGCAAAUGCAUGGCUCGAAUGCUGGCACUAACUCCUCUACGGGUUCUACUUUUUGUACCGGUAGUUGGGGUAAAGAUUUCUAUUUACAAUACGAUGUCUGUCCAUUGGCACUCGAUGAAUUGGAUUCAUAUUUUCGUGCAGAAAAAUGUUCCGAACUUAUACGUGAACGUUUUAAAAUAUCCGAUGUUGUUUCGUCGUGCACGACAAAUGAGGAGAAUUGUUCGGCUACGGAGACAUUGAUACAGGAUAAUUCGAAUGCCUCAUCGAUGGGAGAGGGUACUAUACGUAAUAUUGAUAGUAGCUGUAGUAGUCCCUCGGAUAAGGAACAGUCACAGGAACAUCAUAAUCAUUUACAUGGUGAUGAUGAUGACGAUGAUGAUGCUGGACAUCAUUCGGAUACUUCAUAUGAAAAAGCAUGCAGGCGUGGCUCAGCACCAGCGACACCCAUAUUGGGUCAAAAACAAAAUCAACAGGAAAACAAUACAACAUCCAGAUUUACAAAUUUCUUUUCAAAAAGAUCGAAUCCUUUAAAACGUACAAAAUCUGUGACCAAACUUGAACGCACUAAACGAGGUUCAGGCGGUUUACGAGGCUCUCGUUCUCAUGAAAGUUUACUUUCCAGUCACGCUGUAAUGUCAACCAUCGAUCUUUCUUGCACCGGUGCUGUGGGUGUGGCACCCGUACAUCAAUCCGUUUUAGGACGCCGCUAUUGUUUUCAGGUACGCGGUGGACCACGCGGCGAACGUUAUUAUUCCUGUGGCUCACGUCAGGAACGUGAUCUCUGGAUAUAUUCGUUGCGCAAGUCAAUAGCACCGAAUGCUGAACACACCCGCCACACAGAUAACUCUCUGAAAAUGUGGAUAUACGAGGCCAAAAAUCUACCACCAAAGAAAAAAUACUUUUGCGAAUUACAUCUCGAUAAGACCCUUUACGGGCGUACUAGUGUUAAACUACAAACCGAUUUACUCUUUUGGGGUGAAUAUUUCGAUUUUCCCGAUAUACCCGACAUAAAUGUCAUUACCGUCAAUGUUUUCCGUGAAGUGGAGAAGAAAAAGAAACGCGACAAACAUAUGUUUGUGGGUUCUGUGAAGAUACCCAUACACGAGGUAACCACACGUUUGUUUUCCGAAGAUUGGUAUCCAAUACUCAGCGAGAAGAAUGAUAGUCUUAAUCGUAAUGGCAAAGAGGUUAUACCCACGUUGCGCAUUAAGUGUCGCUUCCAGAGUAUUGACAUUUUGCCAAUCAAUGUUUAUGCCGAUUUUCUGGCUUAUCUCAAGGAAAACUAUAAGAAAGUGUGCGAAACCUUGGAACCGGUUAUUGGCGUAAAGGCCAAAGAGGAUAUAGGCCAAUCUUUGGUUUUGCUAAUGCAUGCUCAAGGUUUGGCAGGAGCUUUCCUCACCGAUGUGGUGGCCUUGGAUUUGUUGAGAGUGGGCGAUCAGCGUUUGACCUUCCGCGGCAAUUCGUUGGCCACUAAGAGUAUGGAGGCAUUUUUAAAGUUGACCGGGGAGCAGUAUUUGCAGGAUACUUUGGCAGGGCCCAUUAAUGAGAUCAUACAAUCGGAUCGUGAUUGUGAGGUGGAUCCUACCAAAGCGACUGGUUCGCUAACACGACAACAGGCCUCUUUAAGAGCAGCCGUACGCAAUGCUUGGCAGUGUAUCUACGAGUCGAGCAAGCAUUUUCCACCACAACUGCGCAAUUGCUUUGCCACCUUCCGUGAGAGGCUAGAGCAGCUGGGACGUCAAGAUAUGGCGGAUAACUUAAUAUCGGCUUCAAUAUUUUUGCGUUUCCUGUGUCCGGCCAUAUUGUCACCCAGUCUUUUUAAUAUAACCAAUGAACUUCCUUCUUCCCGCGCUACCCGCAAUUUAACCCUGGUAGCCAAAACCUUACAAACCUUGGCCAAUUUCACCCGCUUUCAGGGUAAGGAGAAUUUUAUGGAAUUUCUUAAUGAUUUCCUAGAACAAGAGGCUCCCAAAAUGAAGGAAUUCUUACAAAAUAUUUCCACCCGACCGGAACAUACUAACCCUGAAUCUAUUCUCGACUGGGCUGGCUAUAUAGAUCAAGGCAAACAAUUGUCUAUUUUACACAUGCUACUCAGUGAGAGUGUUACCAAAUUACCGGAGGCUAGACAACAAGAUCUAGAUCCUUUACAACAUAUUUUAGAUGAAAUUACCAAAGCCAAAGAAAGUAACAAUUAUAUGCAACAUUUACCCAACCACAAUAUGAUGAUGUCCACCUCGUCGACAAGUGAAAAUCAAGAGAAUCGUAAUCCCGAUGAAAUGAUGACUUCUUGUAGUUCAGCGGGUGGCUCUACGGCCGGAGGUGUAGUGCAGCAGCAACAAGCCCAAUUGGCUCAGCCGCAACAUGCGGUAGUCACAAAACCGGUACCAGCGGAAAGAGGUAUAAUGCGCGGAGUCUUGACUCCUAGCUCUUUGGAAAAGAAUAUUUUCCGUUAUAACGAUCCCACAGUAAAUGGUCUAUUGCAACAGCAACAACAGCAGCAGCAGCAACAACAAAGUCUUACAAAUAUGGAUAAAAGGCAAUCGAAUUCACAAAGUUCCAUUGCGGCCUUAUCCUAUACAGGAGGUAUGCAGCAUGCCCAAAGCCAAAGUUCUAUAGCUAGCUCUUCACAGUUGAUGAUGCCGGCCGGUGUGACACAUCAUUGUCCACCCGCACCCAAUGCCAGCGCUUCAAAUACCAUGGAACGUUUGUAUUAUACAGCGGCCAGUUCAAAUGGCAAUCUCUCCACCGUUAGCCACAAUGGCAAUGACAGUGAGGUUAGUUCCUCCACCGGAGGAGGACAAAUAAGAGCCACCACUUUGCCCAGAGGCAAUAAUAAUAAUUAUGAUGAGUCCACCGGAGAUUUCAUACAAAUUUCUGGCCUUGACACCAAUAGUGCUUUUGUGCGCAAAUCACCCACUCCUUUGCUAAAGAACCAAAACAACCAGGGUGUCGUGGGCACUACGGUAAGCAUGUUAAAUGCCCAACAACAGAAACAGCAGCAGCAACAGCAGCAACGUUUGUUAAACAAUUCCACCUUGAGUUUAACAUUGAGUGAUCGUACUCCUAGUAAAUUAAAUCUGGGCAUACCCGAUCAUUCCAGCUCUCCUUUGUCACACAAAAUGCCCAAUUACCAAAGACCCCGUGACACUAACCCCAAUUCGAAUAUGCCCAUGAAUCUGGAGGAUUUAGAUGAUCUCUUAAAAUAUGCCGCUGAGCAUGCAGUGGUGGGUGAGGUGCAGCCGGCGGGCAAUCUUAAAAAUAAGGAACAAUUGUCCGGCAAAACCAGUCAUGGUUCUAGUUCUGGUUACCAAAGCAUAAAUACUCAAAGCGCUUUAGAGUCUCAACAGCAGCAGCAGCAGCAACCGAAAUCGUCUGCAGCUCCUUUGGCUUUUAAAAAUCCCAGCUAUCAAUUGCAAAACACCUCCACACCCUCCUCACAGGCAAACCAGCAUCAUCAUCAUCAUCAUCACCACCAUCACAACCAACAGCAACGUUCGUUUAAUAAUGGCGGUUUGACAGCUCAUCAACAGCUGUUUGGCGGUGCGGGCAAUAAUAGAUCUUCUAAGAACUCAAAUGGCGGUGGCAUGGUGGCUGCACGAGCUGCUCUCUUAAAUAAUGCUGCUCCGCUAACGCCCUCCUCUAGUGAGGAAAGACUUUCCAAUGAUAAUUAUCACAAUUAUGCCCCAGUUAAUAAGCUUUUGAAAUCACCCUCUCAUGGCCACUUGGAUGCUCAACGCACUUUAAGUGGUGGCAGUACUUCAUCAGCCUCUAGCUCGAAUAUGCCGGGUUUUAAUAAUUCCGCACAACAACAACAACAGCAGCAGCAACGUAUGCCACGCACUAAUCCUCAAUUUAAACGAGAGGAUAUCUAUGCUCCUCUUAAUAAUGGUAGUUAUUUGACGUCUUCUUCAGCUUCGUCAGCGGGUAGUAAUGGUAUACAUCCUGGCACUGUGGCAAUAUAUAAUAAUCCCUCACGUUCUGGCCAACAACAACAACAGCAGCAGCAGUAUGGCAAUAAUCCUGUGUCUUUGAUGAUGGCAGGAAAUGGCCGUUAUCAGCGCAGAUUGAGUUUGGAUUCAGCUAGAACUUUAUCGGAUAGUUCAACAGAUACAGAAGGUCACUGCCCCCCACAUGAAGGCAAUAAACGUCGCCGUCAGCCACGCACUCAUAUGAAUAACACCUCAAAUGGUGGUGGCUUCCAGCAUGUUACCAAUUCCACUGCUCUCAGCAGUUUUGAUCAAAAUGGCGAAAUACAAUUACUGCAAGAAACUCUUGACACUUUACGACACACUUUAGAUCGUGACGAGGCCGAGCUAAGAGAUUCCAGUGAUGAACUUUUCGCUUUACAACGUUGCAAUGGUUUUCAACAGGGACCCAAUGGUACAACCGGCUCCUUGACCGCCAAUAAUUUAAGUCUACAAUCAGAAUCCACCAUGAGGAGUAUUAUAGAUCGCAGAAAUUUUAUAUUUGACAGAUUGAUAACCAUGGAAGAGGAGCUAAGACGUGAACAAUUGAAAAUGUCUUUGGCUUUGUCGCACAAGCAAAAGGUGAUCGAGGAACAGGGACAACAGAUAGCAGCUUUAGAUGCAGCCAAUAGUAGAUUAUUAAGUGCUUUAACCGCUUUAAGACAACGUUACGAGACCCAGCAUCAGCAACAGAAUCAACAAACGCAGCAAUAAAUACAAAAAAAAGGAAACUUUUAAAUCGUCUUUUUUUUUCUUCUUCUAAUAACACAACAAAAAAUCUGUUAAUAAAACAAAUAAAAAAACUUUUUGCUUAAGUUUUUUUUUAAAUAAU